ACUACAAAAAUUCCAAUCUUAGAUCCCGUUACUGAUACCAAUAUGGCAUAUUCUCCUUCUCCUCCCACCAUGCAAAGGGAUAUAUACAUGUCUGAGGCUACCCAACCUGGUAAUUUGGCAGAGUUAUCUUACAAAGAUAAACUUUUAUUUGAUGAGAAUCCUACAAUUGUAUCCUUUGCCACCACUCCAGGAUACAUGGAUGAGGACUCGGAUGUCGAUGACGAUCCGAAUGACCCAACUCCCAUCGUCUUGCUUUCCAAAGCUGAAAAGAGACGCAUAAGAGAGCCAUGGAUGAAUGCCCUCAUCAUCAAAGCCUUUCACUCCAAACCUCUUGGUUACAAUUAUGUCUUUCCGAGGGUGAAGGCUCAAUGGAAGCCAACAGAGGCCGUUAAUUCAACUACUACCACUGUUGUGUGGGCAAGGCUUCCAAACUUAUCGGCGGAUCAUUACGAUCCCACCACUCUUCAAAAAAUAGGAAAUGAGGUUGGGACACUUUUGCACGUAGAUGCUCAUAUCGCUCACCACACUCGGGGCCAAUACGCACGGGGUGUUAAUGUUCUAUGUUUUAAUUGUGGACGAAUUGGCCAUCGCAACAAUCAAUGCCCAAGACUCAAGGACAAAACCCCCUCCAUAAUCAAUGCUAUCUCGAACGCCUCUACAGUGAGUUCUGAUCCCAAACUAGCUGAUGCGUCCAAUGCCCAAGAAUCUGAGACUAUAAUUGAGGAUACAAACACAAAAAAUCUAGUUGCUCAGGGUGAUGCUCAACAGGAUUGCACUGAUUUUGGCCCUUGGCUUUUUGUGGAACGUCAGAAGCCUAGGAAAAAAACCCCAGUUAUUGGGAACUCAUCGGAGAAGACAAUGGCCACUACGGUGCCUAGCUCAUCUCGUGGGUCUGGAGCCCCGAUCCGUAAACUGGGUCCGAAAUCUCAAUCUGGAUCUACAACUAAUCGUGUGAGCCAAACUAACGGUUACAAGCCAAGAGCAUUUAAUGCUGAGCAAACCAAUGUCAAAUCUGAUGUGUCAGCUUUAUCUGGAAAAGCAAUUCAGCUAGAAAGUUUCAACGAGCAAAAAUUUAAAGAACCCCAAUGGGUCAUCAAAAACUCAUCAAAGGUCCAGAGUGUUUCUAAAGAGCCCACUCCAAUUAUGAGACCUAUAUUUACCACCCAUAUCACGGCAGUAGACUUUUCUCCUCAACCCAUUACAUCUUGUGCCCCACCUUCAUCCUCCCUCACUCAAUCCUCUCACUACUCAUCGAUAUUUUCUUCUCUCUGUUCUCCCUUAACCCAUGGAACCCCUCAACUUCUUGUCCCUUCACCCAAACCUCCAGAUCUACUUAGUAAGGGGCAACACCAAGAUUCAUCUGGACUAUGCGUUGAAACGGAUGCUAGCCGGUGUUUCUCCAAGGACUCCAUCAACCGACCUAGCCUUAAGAGAAUAGUUUCAGAUCAUGAAUCUAGAGUCGUCAAAAGGAGCCAAUAUCGAAGAGGACUUGGGCCUUAUCAUUCCGCAUCAAAUUUCCAACUUAGCUUACAUGCCUCAUCUGAAGAUAAUCAACAUGAAGGGCAAGAUGGAACAUCUUCAUUUAGUGUCCAAAAUGCUCCCCUCGUUAUUUACGAAGACAGAAAUGGAUUACGAGACUCUCUUAAUCCCCUUCCACUUCCCCCAAGCGAGGUUCCUGUUCAAGGACCAAAGGCUUCCAUUGCCAAUCUUGGACUCGACACUAGCCCAGAUCCUACUGGGAAUCUCAAAUUAGAUGCCAUGGAUUUGAAACACACUCAUAAUCCUACGAUUAUGCUAGUUGUUGAAACUAAAUUAUCUGGAGAAGAUGCUCAAAGCCAAGCAACUUCUCUUGGAUUUGCUAAAUCCUUUGUGGUGAACUCUAAUGGGCUUGUUGGAGGGCUAUUGCUUUUAUGGGAUGAUGCUGCAGUUGUGGUGGACAUUGUCUCCUAUAGCGAUCAAGCCAUUCAUGCAAUUAUUAAGGAUCUUUUCUCCACCACACUUGAUCAUUUCUUUAUGGACUCUUUUCAAACUAUUCAACUUUCUACUGACGAGUCCCUUAAUUUGGAUUCUCUCAGUGGAAUUCCCUCCGAAGUUGAAAUUUUGAGAGCAGUUAACUCUAUGAAGCCUUAUAAAGCUCCUGGCCCGGAUGGUAGACAAGGUACAGAUAAUGUCUUUAUUCUUCAUGAAUUAGUUUAUUCUUUCAAGAAGAAGACAGGUAAAAUUGGGGAUAUGAUAUGCAAACUAGAUUUAGAGAAAGGUUAUGAUAGGCUCGAGUGGAGCUUUAUUCGGGAGGCUUUGCUUUUCUUCAAGUUUCCAAUGGACAUCAUUAAUCUUAUUAUAUCUGGCCAACGGGUGAAUCCUGCUAAAUCAAAGAUUUUCUUCUCCAAAAAUGUGUCUAUUAACAAUAGGGAGUCCCUUUCUGCUAUCUUGGGCUUUCCUUGCACGGAGGACCUUGGUACUUAUCUAGGUCGUGUCACCCUCACUUCUUCGGUCUUAGCAGCUAUCCUUAAUUAUUAUAUGCAAACCAUGCUUUUACCUGCUUCAGUUCAUACUGAGUUAGACCAAAUAUCUCGAAAUUUCAUUUGGGGAUCAGAAGAUAACCAAAAGAAAACUCAUCUAGUUGGGUGGCAGACUGUCACCCAACCUAAGGUUCUUGGAGGGCUGGGACUCAAAAGUUCCAAGGAAGCUAACUUAGCAGCCAUGAGUAAACUCAACUGGAGAUUGUACAUGGAGAAGGAUAAACUUUGGUGUAAUAUUUUUCACAAUAAGUAUAAUCUCUCUUAUUGUCAUUCCCCCCUCCCUGCAUCUGGCUCUCCUAUUUGGAAAGCCAUUAUUAAUGGAUAUGAUAUUUUUAAGGCUGGUAUUAAGUGGAUUCCACAAUCUGGUGGGAAUGUGAGAUUCUGGACUAAUUGUUGGUGUUGUGAUAUCCCACUUAUCUCUUGGAUAUAUGGUCCUCAUACUCCUGGCUUCGAGCUCUUCACUGUUGCUGAAUUUUUCAAUGUUGGUACAUCCGCUGUUGAUCUUAUUGCUUAUCCCAUUCCUACCGACAUUGAACCUCUUAUCCAUGCUGUUCCUAUAUCUCUUUUUGCUUUAAGAGAAGACACAUUUACCUGGGUUGGUAGCUCCAAUGGGUCUUUCUCAUCUGCUUCUGCUUAUUGUAUUACAAAGCAUCUCCCUCUUAAACCUUUGGAGGAUUGGAGAUGGGUGUGGAAAUCUUAUACUUACCCAAAAAUUCAAUACUUCCUUUGGUUGCUUGCCCAUGAUCGUUUAAAAUGCUUCUCCUUUUUACAUAGACUUGGUAUUAUCUCCUCUCCUCUAUGCCUGUUAUGUCAUUUGGAAGAUGAAACAGUUGAGCAUCUCAUUCGUUCUUGCCCUGUUUCUGUUGCUAUUCUUUCUGAUGUUCUCCCUGGCUGUGGUUUUUUUUGUUUUGCUGUGUGGGGAAUCUGGCUCCAUCGGAACCAGCUCAUUCAUAGAUCGAAUCCGUAUGGUACUACCAUUUCAACAAGGCUGAUCCUUGAGAAAGCCUCUGAAUUCUGGGCAGGGCAAUCCCUACCAACCCCUCCUUCUCAUGGAUCCUCUUUCUUUAAAUGGUCCAAAUCCCUUUCUCCCUUUAUUAAACUUAACACAGAUGGCUCUGUCCUUGGGAACCCAGGUGGAAUCGCUUCGGGAGGUUUGUUUCGAGAUCAUAAUGGUAGUUGGAUUCUUGGAUUUGCCAAAAAAAUUGGAAUCACUAGCAGCCUUGCUGCUGAGCUUUGGGCUUUGAGAGAUGGCCUUGCCCUUGUUGUUACUCAUUCCUAUUCUCAUCUAAUUGUUGAAACGGAUUCCAGUACUGCUUUUAAUUUCAUGAUGAAUACUGCUUGCAUUUCUCAUCCCCUUAGUUCUCUGAUCUUGGAUUGUAGGGAUCUCCUCAAACUCAUCCCCUAUGUUCAGAUAUUUCAUAUCAAGCGUCAAUCGAAUAUGGUUGCUGAUCAAAUUGCUAGAAUGGGACAUUCAUUACAGCAGGAUUUUUUUGUUCUUCUUCACUGUCCCGUUAAUGUCAAACUUUGAUGUAUUUUGGAUAUUAUGGGAUAUGAAUUUCCCAGGAACAACUAGUGUAUUCUGUUUUGUGUUGGUUUAAUGAUAUCAUCCCCAUUUACCAAAAAAAAAAAGAAAAAAAAAGAAAAUGCAGUUUGUGUC